AUGCGGCGGGCCGACACCGUCUAUGCCCUGGAUGGUAUCGAGGAUGAGGGAAGGGCAUGCCUUGAGGAUCAGUGGCCUCAAGGCUUUGAUGGUAUUUCGGAUCAAGAGGAGAGCAGCAGUUCGGAGGAAGAGCCUGUGAGGCGAGAAGUACGCGAGUCGAUUGUGGACCGCGCCGUGCGCAAGGCAAUCCUGAAAGGGAAGCUCGAGCCGGAGCUUUGGACGCGGACUUUCUGGUUUCGAUUGUACCUGGCCGUCAUUGGCAUUGUCAACGUGGUGGUGAUGGCAUUGGAAACUGAUUUCGGCUGUCACACCAACCACUGCCCAGAAGCCUUCAUCGGCAUCUGGCAGGGCAUGGAGCAAGUCAUGACGGGCUUCUUUGUCCUGGACGUGGCAGCUCGCAUGUGGGAGGCAAAGCCCCGCAGAUUCUUCAAAGGCGACGAGACCAAGGAGAGGUACCGGUUGGACGUGCUCAACUGCUUCGACUUCGUCGUUACUUUUCUGCGGGCUGUCGACCUGUGGUUCCUGACCCCGCUGGGUCGCGAAGACUCUGGCUUGAAGUUCCCCAGCGUCUUCAGGAUAGCGCACAUUAGCACCUUCGUGCAUGAGAUCCAGCUGUGGAGGGGCUUCCGCGA